AUGAUAAUGGUAGAGUUUCUGGAAAUAAUUCUUGAGAACGUUUCCGAAAUGUCCACUGAUUGCGGGGAUGUAUUGAGAUACAUUUCUUCUGUGGAAUUAAAUAAAGAGGCUCCACAUCCCACAUGCUGUAUUCGUGAUCCCAAUCGUGACGUCAUCACUGGCCAUUAUGGAACACGUCUUAAUCCUAUUGCAAUAAUUGAUGCACAAACACUUCUUCUACAAAAAUUCACUAUUGAAGGAAGUAAACCACCAGACGCAUGGAUUUAUGCUGGACGUGGAGAAAUCAAUCAAGAGAAUGGGAAGAAAGCAUUCAUCAUUGGAAGAGACUCUCCAGCUCACCAUUGUUCCAUAAACGAGGAUUGGACAAAUCAGGAUAUCACUGUUCGACUGGCAGAAGGUCAAACAGUCUAUGACAUUGAAUGGAUUAGCGUAUUCUGCUACAAUUAUUCAGUCGACUUCGCACAUCUACCAGUUAAUCUGACCAAGAACUCGCCAGUGGAAAUACUGGACAAUCUGUCUGAACUCAGUAAAAUCGUCUACAACAAAACUGCACGUGAAGCGUACACGCAGCCAAUACAGCCUAGUAACAGUUACGUGGACUUCGAAUUGAUGAAACGAGGAAGCUACAACUUUGGUUCGCUGAUUCCGAAUGCUGUCGCGAUGGACACGAAAGACUGUAGUCGAUGCUCUGAACCAGGACCACCAGGACACAUCGGAUCGCCAGGAAGAUCCGAGCGUCCAGAAAAAUCAGGAACUCUCCGCAUGCCCGGACUACCCGGCAGGCCAUCACCAGCAACUUGA